UUCACAACUUGGAUGAUAUCAUCUGACGGCUUGGCAACUGUCCGAGAAUGGGAUGAGAGCAAGGUGAAGGACGAAACACCUUGUUUCAAAAAAUGUUUCUACCUGGUGGCUUUGACGCGUCUGGACUCUGACCUCACCUGGUUUAUUGCUCAAGAAGAGACUUUCAACGGCAGCGCACUCGGAUUGACCCACAGAGAAAAUGGGAGUUGGCACAGGGAAGGAUUAUUGACGAAAAGACCAGAGCUGGAAAGGACUGAAAAGAAAAGGUGGAUACGCAUCCGGAUGGAAAAAACUCGAUUGGGUCACCGAGGAAAACCCAAUUUUAUCUCGGUUGCUUUACGUCCCCGGGCUGCGUAUUGAAGCCUCCUCUGCAACAGUUGAACAAGUCCCGUCAUGUCAUGCUCGUCAGUGUUCCGCCGCGAAGCACAGCCAAGUUUCAUGGCAGUUUGAGUAUGCGAGCUUGGAGUUCAAGUAUCCAGUAUUUGCUCAAGAACACAGAUGGCAAUGAUGCUUCCAAAAUGUCAAAUUCCAAGCGUUGACUACUGAACAAAGAAGGACGUACAAAAGGGUUCUACGGCUUUGCUGGUCAUCUUAAUUGGACAAACAAAAAGAUUUAAUUCUGUGUUAAACGCUGCCAAGAUGCCACUUAGAGCAUCCUUGCACAGAAAGCCAACUGGCCGUUGGUCAAGCAGACACUCAAAGCGCAGAGAGGUUCUCUCGGUCAACAUGAUCAGUCUACCGCUGGCUGAUUUCCGCCACAUUUCACAUAUUGGAAAUGACGCCCAUAGAGACAGCUUUGGAGACCUUUCCUUCCUAAAAAUGGGCCAAAGUUUACUUCUCCAAAGCUCCCAAAGCGAGCAAAAUCUCUUCUUGGCCUGCUCGCCACCACCAAAGCACCCUCGUCUGAACAUGGAGGCAGAGGGCUCGCAGAGCCCGGACUGGCCUGUGGAGCAGCAGGACAAUGCCACCCAGAAGAGGAAGAAAUGCAACUCGAUGCCACUGCUGGACAGCGAGGAAGCUGAGACUAUAUUGGUGGACAGGCAUGAAAGAGGAAACAACGUUGCGACCACUCAGUUUUCCAGAGCUGGAUGGGGCGACCUGAGUGCAGACAUGAAUGGAGACUCCUCGGCGGCCGGUGACAAAAUUCAAGAGAAACAAAAAGAGGAAGACAAUGGCUUUUCUUUUAGCCUCGAUCUGGGCCCUUCCAUUUUGGAUGAUGUUCUGCAGGUGAUGGACAAACUUCAACACUGAAUGAAAUAGCUCAACGGUACAAAGAAUGGGAGAUGUCAAGUAUCUAGUUUGUUUCCAGAAAAAAAAAAAUUGUUAAACAAAUGGUAUUCAGCUUAACAUUUCCUCUUUGUUGAGAUAUUGUCGAUGUUGAACUAUGCAUAUGCAGUGUACAUUUUCACCUUUGGUGUAGUCCCUUUAAUAUUUUUGUUAUUCCCCAAACCACACUGUACAAUACUUGACUGCUGGUUUGGCUUAAGCAGUGUAGCGUUUAGAAAAGAAAACGCUGCAGCUGAAACCCAAGGUCCUGGAGCUGCGAUGCCUUGGCGUGCUUGGCAAUCUGCUGUGUGCAGAGGGCAAUUUUUCCUCCGCACGCAUCUCUGAGGCCCCACUCAAAGGUAGACCAAGGUACCCCCCAUCUCUUAUUCCUAACAAUGUUGUGAAAACAAACACUUAGCUCUGCUUCCAAUAAAAGUCAUUGCCAGCGGUGGCAGGUUUCACUAUAGCCCAAGCCACGCCACGGGUCCAAGAUCUCAGAGAAAAGAGAAGAAAAAAAAAUGGAACAGGCUGUUUUCUUAGCUGCAAACAGAGUCCCGCACUCUGGCGAAUGACACACAAGAGGGAAAGUGGUCAAUGGUGAAGUGAUACUUCCACAUAUGUGUGGGGUGCUGAGGGAAGACGACCAGAGACAUCCAUUUCAGCUGUGAAAGUCUUGAUGAGGAUUUAAACAACACUGUGACCAAACAAACCUCUGACAUGAAAAAUAUAUGGUUGUAAAUCACACGCUGUGGCCCACAUGAAAAAAAAAGUCAAAGAAUACAGGCAAAUGUGGGCACAUAUGGAAUGAGGAAGACAAGACACAUCUCCAGUCAGUCAUCUUUCAUAGCGGAUAGAAAGAUGCUUGAAACCAGUUGUGGGGUAAAGCCACAAUGAGCCGCAAACCAAAGUACCACGCGGGUCAUGAGUGGACCACAAGUGCCCCAUGGCAAAGAAAAAGACUUCUGAAUUCUGUGCAUGUCGAACAGGAACGGCAAUGCUGUGGGCGCGCCUGCACUGUAUCUGGUUUGCCCCUAUUUUAAACUGAGCGUCCGAUUGUUUUGACAUUUUGAUUUCAGAAAAACACAUUCUUAAAUGCUUCUCUGUCAAAAAAAAAAAAACUGUACUGUUUGGUAUUCUGGAGAAGUAAAGAAAUGCAUAUUUGAAAUUCCUAUAACUGAUGGUUUUGUGGCUCAAACUACCCUUUGUCAACACACUUCGUCAGAGGGAAAAAAAAUCUAUUGUGACGAAAUUUGUUCUUGUUUGACAAAUGAAUGAAAAUGUAAGAAGAUUUGUAGAUGCAGAAUAAAGGCGCUUCACUUCACUUCAGUAUUUCAAACUAACGGUCUUAAUUGCAGUGGUGCGGUAAGACGAAAAAAUAAUGUGAAUUUGUUGAUCAUAAAAUGUGGUGUGAUCUGAAUAAACGGAUUUGGUUUCAAUUCAUACCGCACAAACAAUAUGUAUGUUUUUUUAUAUAUUUAUUGAAAAUGUCAAUGUUCACAGGACAGGAAUGACAAGGCAAGGUGAACUCUUGGAUUUAAUAAAUGGUUGAGUCACCUUUGGCGCCAGUAAGCGCAACCAAAUGUU